CUUCGAGAAAAACGCCUGCAGGCUACCGGCUUCUUGCUGAUUGUGCUUCCCGCGAUCUGCUGCCAUGUCACUGCCAAGAUUUUUAAGGUUCCGAAGAUGAACAGCCGCGAUACAGAUGCCACCCAACGUCGAAUGAUUUUAUAUAUAAUAUUCAAAUUACAUAACUACCGAGUUUCAGAAGUACAACUAAGUCAAAUUAGACGCGUUUACCAAGAAGCUUGGAGCGAAUCAAACGAAUAAGUGAGUAAACAGUUUAUUCGGUAUAAAAUCCUUUUUGGAAGACCUUUCUUUUAUCCCUGCAGGAUAAACUUUAUUUUUC